UAGCCUUAUAUUGCUCAUUCUCAUCAGUCAUCACACAUUCACACCAACACAUUUAUUUCAACCUAAAUUUCUAAGAUGUAUUAUUAUUCUCAAUUUACUCGGUGGAGUUUGGCUUUGUGUUUGCUUCUAUUAAUGAUUGGUUAUGUAAUUGGAGAAAACGUUGCAACAAAUCGAAACGAUGUAGGAAGUCAUCAUCAUCAUCAAGGCCAUUCAACAACACCACACAUGGAUCAUUCAGUGCAAGUAUUUUUCACCCCUAAAGACCUUAAACUAGGAAAUAUAAUACCUAUCUUCUUUAGAGGCCGAAACCCUUCUUCGAGUUCUCCUCAUUUUCUUCCUAGGGAAGAAGCCAAGUUAAUACCUUUCUCACCAUCUAAACUCCCUUAUCUUCUUAAACUUUUCGGCUUUUCUCAAGCUUCGUCUCAAGCUAAAGCCAUGGAAGAUACCCUAAGACAAUGCAUCAUAGUAAAACCUAUAUUAGGAGAGAAUAAAUUUUGUGCUACUUCCUUAGAGUCUAUGCUCGAUUUUGUGCAUAAGAUUUUUGGACCAACAACAAAGUUUAAGGCCUUGAGCACCAAAAAGUCUGAAAAAUUUGGUAGUAAUAAUUUACAAAAUUAUACCAUAGUAGAUGCACCUAGACAAAUACUAGCCCCGAAAAUGGUUGCUUGUCACACCAUGCCGUACCCAUAUGUGGUGUACUAUUGCCACUUCCAAGAAAGGGAAAGCAAGGUGUUUCAAGUUUCAUUAAGAGGUGAAGAUAAUUAUAUUGUACAAGCUGUUGCUGUUUGUCAUAUGGAUACCUCUCACUGGAGUCCUGAUCAUGUCUCGUUUCGAGUUCUAGGCGUUAAGCUUGGUUCCCCAGUUUGCCAUUUCUUUCCUGAAGAACAUCUUGUUUGGGUGCCAAUAAUAUCUAAUACUCCUACUCAUAAUUCAUUAGGAAGAGUAUCAAGUAUGUAACAAUAUAAUAAAGUGACUACUAGUACUUAUUAUGGCCUGGUUACAAUAUCAGUGACUAGUGCUCUAAUCUGCUGUAAUACCAGUACUAUGUAUUUUACUUUGUGUUUUCUCUCUGUAAUAAUAUUGAUGGCAAAAUAAAUAAAGUUGUGAUUUUUAAUUCUAUUA